ACAAGAAGAUAGAGAAGAAGUUAGGCUAUGUAACUAUCGGAUAUAAUUGCUUAUAUCUGUACUAUUGAAAGGAUUGAUUUUCAGCUAGUGCUGUUUGAGUGGGUUAGAGUUUGAGUGUCUUAAUUGAGUUUUAAAAUAUUUUUUUAAAAGAUUCUCUACGGGGAAGUUGGAAGUUAAGCUACUAGCCUAGCGGACGAUAACAACACAUAUCCACUGGAACACCUUGAUCUAAGACAUGGCGUCGUUGAAUUCACCUCUGCGUGUAUGUCGUGGUAUACUGAAAGAACUGCGAGCUUUGAGGGGACCAGAAUAUAAACAGACGAUGGCAUAUAAUUAUGUUUUGGAUCAGUUUCGUAAAAAUCAGGUAACAGGGGAGAGGUACUGCAGGGCCCAACAAGAGGCACUCCACGCCUCCCAUUCCUACCUGUGCUUGCUGUCCUCCACCAGGCAACACAUGGCUCUCCACAACCUCUACCAUGUAAAGGGGGAGCGCAGCCGAGAGCAGGUGGCAGGCAUGGUGGGCCUUCGGUUGCCCACCCAGCCUGGGGGAAAAGGCUGGGAAAAAUGAGAGGUCAAAGGUGACAGAGAAACAUGUUCACUGCAAGCUCAUGAAUGGACCACAUCCAUCUUUAAGCUCUGAGAUGAACAAUGAGACAUGCAUUGCUGAAUGUUAUGUUGGGUUCAGGUGCAUCCACUAGAGAAAUAAAGACUUGUCUUCAUCAGUGUCAUAGUAAAAGGCAUCACAUACAUUUGUAAAUACUUUUCUUGAUGUCAUUGAAAGAUUAAAGGACAAACGACUUGAA